UCGAUCGUCUCUCUUGGCUUGGAGGGAGAAAGAAAAGCGACUGAUUUGCCCUAAAACCCUAACAUUGGGGAUUUCUCAGACUGUAAUUCUGUAACUUCGAAGAAGAAGAAGAAGAAGAAGUUCCAAGAAGAAGGAGAUGCCGGGGCCCACCCUGGAGAUGGAGCCAGUGGAGCCACAGUCCCUCAAGAAACUCAGCUUCAAGUCGCUCAAGCGAACUCUCGACCUUUUCUGCCCCGCCCAUGGCCGCCUCGCUCCUCCCGAUCCUGAAAGUAAGAAGCUUCGCAUCAGUCACAAGGUAAAUGUAGAGUAUGGAGGAAUCAAAACUACUAGUCAACCUCAUCGCCAAGCUAAUUCGGCUCCUCAGCCUUUGGUUCCUUCCAAUGCGCUUGCCCUUCCAGGUUCCGAGGGUUCUAGGGAUGCGCAAACAGGCGGAGCUCAAAAUGCUUUGGUUGUUGGUCCAUCUGUGCCAAAACCACCGAAUGACGUAGGAGUUUCAGGGAAGAGCACUGAUAUCAUAUCUGCCAGAGGAUCGGAAAGGUUAUCGACUUCUGCUAUAAUGGAGAGAAUCCCAAGCAAAUGGCCUCGCCCUGUAUGGCGUCCUCCAUGGAAGAACUAUAGGGUGAUUAGUGGCCACUUGGGAUGGGUGAGAUCUGUCGCGUUUGACCCCAGUAAUACAUGGUUUUGUACUGGCUCUGCUGACCGGACAAUAAAGAUAUGGGAUGUAGGAAGUGGAAGGCUAAAGCUUACACUUACAGGACACAUUGAACAAAUAAGAGGCCUUGCUGUCAGCAACAGACAUACAUAUAUGUUUUCUGCUGGUGAUGACAAACAAGUUAAAUGCUGGGACCUUGAACAGAACAAGGCUAUUCGUUCUUAUCAUGGACAUUUGAGUGGUGUUUACUGCUUGGCUCUUCAUCCUACCCUCGACGUUCUGCUUACUGGGGGACGUGAUUCUGUCUGCCGGGUCUGGGAUAUUCGUACCAAGACGCAAAUUUUUGCACUGUCUGGGCACGAGAACUCAGUUUGCUCAGUUUUUACUCGGCCAACUGAUCCUCAAGUUGUAACGGGAUCUCAUGACUCAACCAUUAAAUUCUGGGACCUUAGAUAUGGAAAAACUAUGACGACUCUCACACACCACAAGAAGUCAGUGCGAGCAAUGGCAAUGCAUCCUAAAGAGAAUUGCUUUGCUUCUGCGUCAGCUGACAACAUUAAGAAAUUUAAUCUUCCAAAAGGGGAAUUUCUACACAACAUGCUCUCCCAACAAAGAACUAUAAUCAAUGCAAUGGCCGUCAACGAGGAAGGCGUCCUGGUCACAGGAGGUGACAAUGGGAGUCUGUGGUUCUGGGAUUGGAAGAGUGGUCAUAAUUUCCAGCAAGCCCAAACAAUUGUACAGCCUGGCUCACUGGAUAGUGAAGCUGGUAUAUACGCUGCUUCCUACGACAUCACUGGUUCUAGACUUGUUACUUGUGAAGCCGACAAGACGAUCAAAAUGUGGAAAGAAGACGAAACUGCCACUGAAGAAACUCAUCCCCUCAACUUUAGGCCUCCUAAAGAUAUCCGUCGUUAUUAGAGUUAAUCCUUAGUUCCUGUUCUCAUUUGGUAAUGUAACAAUAUACUUUUUUUUUUUUUUCCUUCUUGGUAUUUGGCAGAGCGAGGCAGUUUUGUGCAUUUUGUUUAGAGUAUAUUUUGAAGAUGUACCCUGUAGAAGUCAACUUUCUUUUUUGUUGUUGUUGUUAUUUUUAAUCUUUAAUUUUUUUCUUUGAUUAGAGAAAAGAUUAAAGUGUCUUUGAUAAAAGCUAAAGGACGUAUCUUUGACAAUUGCGAAAGGCAGUUCUGUUCCCAAAUUGCCGAUGCUUGUGAACACUAAACUACAAAACCGGAGACGGUGGUCCAACA